CGAACAAAAAUUCAUACCGGCGGAAAAAUAUUAAGAAAAUAAAUUUCGGAAAAGGUUGUUGCAGUACUUGUUGCUGUUGAAAUUUCAGACAAAAUGUCAGCGCGACAAUCACAAAUCGCCCUCGGUGUCGCUGCCUUGUCACUCGCUGGAUUCCUGCUCUUUUUCGCGGUUUUGCGCAAGAAGAAAGGAGGAAAAGCCCCCAAAGAGUCGCCAAAACUAGAAUUUACCGUACCAAAUACCGCCGUGCCUUUCAUCGUUGGCAAGAAUGAAGAAACGCUUCGAAGCAUCGAACAAGCCACCGGAACUCGCAUCACUUUCAAGGAACAAGAUGCAAAAAAUCAACUUUGCAGCAUCAGCGGAGACGAUAUCGCGGCAUUACAACGUGCCCAAUCAAUGGUAAAGGAAAAAGCUGAUAACCCACCGAAACAAACGGAAACGAUGACGGUUCCGAGUAGCGUUGCAAAUCGCAUUAUCGGGCUUUGUGGCGAAGCUCUUGAGGAAUUAUGUAACACAACGAAAGCCAAAGUGUGGGUUGAACGCUCCAAAGAUGAUGGCGGCAUGGAUACGGUUAAAAUUGAAGGCACCAAAGCUGAAAUUAAUGCAGCUCGCUUGAAAAUCGAACAAAAAGUCAAAGAAGAAGAAGAGCUCAAAAAGAACAAAAAAAUCGAAGUAACUCCCGCCGCUCCACCAAAAGUCUCGCCAGCUCGCAUCACAGAAACGCCAGAACCGCGCGAAGUUCACAAACCAAAAGCGGAAACUCUUACCACGAACAAUGCCUUAGGUCAGUUGGAAGUUUAUGUCUCAGCUGUGGCUCAUCCAAGCAAAUUUUUCGUCCAAAUGGUGGGUUCCCAAAGUGUCGAACUCGAUUUACUGAUCGAUGCCAUGUCGGAAUAUUACAACGAUCCCGCAAAUCGCGAGCAACACAUCAUCUCGCAACCCCAAGUUGGUCAAAUGGUAGCCGCUAAAUUUGUUGAAGACGAAAAAUGGUACCGGGCUGAAAUCGUUGCGAUCCAAGAAAAUGCCUUUGGCGAUGGGCAAGUCUGUGACUUGUUCUACGUUGACUACGGCGACAACCAAUAUGUCUUCCCGAAGGAUGUUUUCGCGCUAAAACACGAUUUCCUCGGUUUAAAGUACCAAGCGAUGGAAUGUUUCUUGGCUUACGUCAAGCCAAAUAACCCCGAUUCGCCGAAUUCGUGGCCUCAACGUGCGAAUGAUCGUUUCGAUGAACUAACAGCAGUGGCUUCGUGGAAGAAAUUGUUGCUCAAUAUCGUUACUUAUCGUCCUGGCGUCGCUAAGGGCAAUCAAAUUCCCGGCGUUGAGCUGUUUGACGUCGAAGACGGGCGUGAUAUCAAUCUCGGACAACAAAUGAUCGCCGAAGGACUCGCUUUGCCAUCGACCACGGGAUAUUUCGGGGAUUUGGUAAAGAGUUCCGUACUUAAGUUGGAGCCAGAUGCGACAAAAACGGAAACGAAAGAUACGAAAGACACCUCAGCAGUCGAUGCUGCAAACGGCAAUAAUGCCGAAGAAGCCACCGUUCACAAAGAAACUCCCAAACCGAAGCCCGUUGACAACUUUUCGAACAAUAAUGUCACGAAGGAGCCCAAAAAGGACCCGCAAGCUGCCUCUCUUGACUUUUUGUCAGGCGAACGGCAGAUGCAAACGAACGGCAACAAGCCAGAAGACGAUCCACGGAAGGAAGUUAAGCAGUGGAGUGAUCUCUUGAAGGACGAUUAAAGACUCAACUAUUCGUACAUAUCAACCUCGAUGCUUUUUUUCUUUGUAUUACACCGAAAAUCUAGAUUGUAGAUAAUUUUUGCCUUUUUUCCUGUUAAUCUCUUCACUUUUGUUAACACUAACACUUCUGAUAAGCAAUAAAAUUUGAA